CCAUUAGAACAUUGGCUGCUGACAUCACAGUAGGGCAGCUGGUGACAUCAUCAUAACAGACAUGAUACGUAGCCAGAUGAACAGAAAAAUCUCUCAUUUGCUCACUAGAGUUUAGCAGAGACACAUGUCAGAGCCCAUUGCCCAUUGCUGUAGUUUUCUAGUGACUUUAUCGUCUUUUUCCAUUGUCAUAAAAUGAAGUAAACAAAGAAAAAAUAAUUUAGUGGAGAAAGGAGAAGAUGGAAGAGAGCUGAACGGAGACCAGAACAGUGGAAACCGUGUCCAGGAGCCGCCCAGUACAACUAAGGUACAGAGAAAGAAAAGGUUAUUACAUUCCUGCUAAAUAUCUGGGCCUGAAUGACCUAAAAGAGAAAGAAAACUUCCAGCAAAGAAGAGAGAAGUGUAAGUGGCCUUCAAGGACCCUGCUACAUCCAUCUGAUGGGCAGCACAGUAAACAAAGAAAAAAGAAUUUAGUGGAGAAAGGAGAAGAUGGAAGAGAGCUGAACGGAGACCAGAACAGUGGAAACCGUGUCCAGGAGCCGCCCAGUACAACUAAGGUACAGAGAAAGAAAAGGUUAUUACAUUCCUGCUAAAUAUCUGGGCCUGAAUGACCUAAAAGAGAAAGAAAACUUCCAGCAAAGAAGAGAGAAGUGUAAGUGGCCUUCAAGGACCCUGCUACAUCCAUCUGAUGGGCAGCACAGUAAACAAAGAAAAAAUAAUUUAGUGGAGAAAGGAGAAGAUGGAAGAGAGCUGAACGGAGACCAGAACAGUGGAAACCGUGUCCAGGAGCCGCCCAGUACAACUAAGGUACAGAGAAAGAAAAGGUUAUUACAUUCCUGCUAAAUAUCUGGGCCUGAAUGACCUAAAAGAGAAAGAAAACUUCCAGCAAAGAAGAGAGAAGUGUAAGUGGCCUUCAAGGACCCUGCUACAUCCAUCUGAUGGGCAGCACAGUAAACAAAGAAAAAAUAAUUUAGUGGAGAAAGGAGAAGAUGGAAGAGAGCUGAACGGAGACCAGAACAGUGGAAACCGUGUCCAGGAGCCGCCCAGUACAACUAAGGUACAGAGAAAGAAAAGGUUAUUACAUUCCUGCUAAAUAUCUGGGCCUGAAUGACCUAAAAGAGAAAGAAAACUUCCAGCAAAGAAGAGAGAAGUGUAAGUGGCCUUCAAGGACCCUGCUACAUCCAUCUGAUGGGCAGCACAGUAAACAAAGAAAAAAUAAUUUAGUGGAGAAAGGAGAAGAUGGAAGAGAGCUGAACGGAGACCAGAACAGUGGAAACCGUGUCCAGGAGCCGCCCAGUACAACUAAGGUACAGAGAAAGAAAAGGUUAUUACAUUCCUGCUAAAUAUCUGGGCCUGAAUGACCUAAAAGAGAAAGAAAACUUCCAGCAAAGAAGAGAGAAGUGUAAGUGGCCUUCAAGGACCCUGCUACAUCCAUCUGAUGGGCAGCACAGUAAACAAAGAAAAAAUAAUUUAGUGGAGAAAGGAGAAGAUGGAAGAGAGCUGAACGGAGACCAGAACAGUGGAAACCGUGUCCAGGAGCCGCCCAGUACAACUAAGGUACAGAGAAAGAAAAGGUUAUUACAUUCCUGCUAAAUAUCUGGGCCUGAAUGACCUAAAAGAGAAAGAAAACUUCCAGCAAAGAAGAGAGAAGUGUAAGUGGCCUUCAAGGACCCUGCUACAUCCAUCUGAUGGGCAGCACAGAGGGAGGCGCAUGCGCGCGGCUCACGCAGGAGGACGGUGUUGAUGUGAGCUCCGUGCUGACUGUGGCCUACUAGCCUUUCUAAGCGCCGGAAAACAGCUCCUCAGACCCGGAGACCCCACUAAAGCCUUGGGGAAUAUGCCCCGGUCGCAGCAGAAGAAAAAGCAUCACCUGACUCAGCGUUUAUCGCAGUCUAUCCCCGACUUAUUCCGGACCAGCUCGCGUUCCAAGAUGGCGGCGUCCCGCUCGAGCUCGCCUGUGGAGCACUCAGAGGAGGAGACUCCGGACCCUGGGGACCUUACGCCUGCAUCCAUGUUUAGGAAUAUACAGCGCAUGUUCCGCACCGAACUUACCAAGGCCGUGACUGAUCCCUCCUCUCAACUGCAGGAAUUGGGGCAGAGAGUUGCGGAUACAGAGGCGCGAGUGGAUGACUUGGCGGAGGCGGUGGAAGCCGACAAGAAGGAGCUGGAGGAUCACUCAUCGCAGCUUCAGGCCCUCGAGCUGAAACUCGAGGACUUAGAAAACAGGUCACGCCGCGCCAAUCUGCGCAUAAGAGGAUUACCGGAGGAGGUGACGGACCUGACUAAGACCAUCACUUCUCUGUUCUUCGAGCUGGUCCCGCAUCUGGAACCGGAGAUGCUGCCGUUCGAUAGGAUCCACAGAGCGCUCUCACGCCCCAAAAAUCCGGAUCUCCCCCGAGACGUCAUCUUGAAACUACAUUACCCGGAGGUGAGAGAUAUGAUUUUACAGGCUGCCAGGAAUGUCACUGCCCUGCCGGGAGUUCCUGCUACGGUCCAUAUCUAUUCUGAUUUGGCCCCCUCCACCUUAGCAAGACGUCGGGACUUUAGACCUGUCAUCCUGGCACUCCAGAAGGAGGGGAUCCGUUAUAGAUGGGGAUUCCCCUUCUCGCUAUCUUUCCAGAUAAAGGGGCACUCUCACACUGUCCGCACAUACUCAGAGGCACAAGAGGUACUCACCCGGGCACGUAUACCCCUGGUUGAUCAACCCCCUCUCCCGCAGCGCCCGAGCAGGGCUUCCCGUGCCUGGACCCCAGUUGGCAAAGAUGGCCGUGCAUCUAAACAACAGAAAGGCACUCGGCCGCCUAUAUGACUUGAGUGACUAGAUGGCCAUCUGCGGUCAUGUUUUCUAUCCUGGAAGGGUGCCUCCUUGCUUGGGGACUGCAUUUAAUGUAUAUUUGUUAAGGACUGCCGUGAAGGGACACUGCCUCCUACUUGCCUAGGACUAUGUUUUACUCGGGACAGUCUCUGAAUUCGUUUUGGUUAUGGCUAGGCCGCAUGUCGGGCCAGUGUGCCUCAUCCCUCCAUGGGGGGUUUAGGAGCCUUACUAGACAGUCACUGGUUGCUGCCUGGUGGUCCUAGGAUCUGGACUUCUGUUUGUUUUGUUUUAUAUAUGUAUAUCUGUUUGUCUGUUUUUUGUUUUCCUCUUAGGUACGCACCUGCGUGACUUACUGGUCGUGGGGUGUAAGCGGGGUAAUAUACGGCCAGACUCCUUUUUAGAUGUUGGUUACAAUUCUAUACCAUUGUUAUGUUUAACAAGCGUAACUAUCUUCUGCCUUGUCCAUGGCUAAGGUUAUAUCUCAUAAUGUCCGGGGAUUUAACUCCCCACUUAAACGUAAGAAAGCUGUUUUAGAUUAUACUAAAUUACAACCUGACCUGAUUUAUAUACAGGAAACGCAUUUCACUCAGUCGUCCAGUCCUUCAUUUUUUCAUAAGUCAUACCGUAGAUUCUACAUCUCCUCGUUCACGUCUAAAUGUAGGGGAGUCAUGAUUUUGAUACGUGACUCCUUUCCAUUUAUAGUGGAUCAGGUACAGACGGAUCCCGAGGGGAGGUUUUUGCUGAUAUUGAGAACGUUGUAUGACAAAAAAUUAUGCUUAUUUAAUGUGUAUGCACCCACCGAUGCCCCUAUGCAAUUUUUCUUGGAUGCUUGUAGAAUGCUUGAAAAGGUAGAAUACGAUCAACUGGUAUGGGCUCGUGAUUUUAACAUGGUAUAUGAUGGGAGGUUAGACAGAUCCAAUGUGGCUCCUCUCCGCAGGCCGGCCAGCCAGCAACGUUUAUUACGCCAAUCAUUUGUUAAUCUUAGUCUCACUGAUGCUUGGCGUGAACAUAAUGGGACUACUAGGGGAUAUUCGUAUUAUUCUCCGGCUAAAAGUCAUUAUACCAGAAUAGACUGGAUAUUGUUGAAUGUGAUGCUAUUGCCGAGCUUAUUAUUUGCUAAACAUGUACCAUCUGUCUGGUCUGAUCACGACAUGGUGUAUGCUAUGAUUGACUUUCUAUCACCAUUUCGCUGUCCAUUCAGCUUGAACGAAGCUUUACUCACCAUGCCCCGAGUGAGAGAUCAGCUAGAGUCUGACCUCACCCUUUACUUUAGCCAGAAU